ACUUAAUUGAGCAACCGGGACACCUCACGUGCAGGACUGAUUUGUAGUUUGAACACGUGGCUCAUUGAAAAAGGCAGAACUUAGGGUUUUUUUGUUUUCCGUUUUCUUGAUGUUAUUGAGAGGCGGUGCCUACACAAAUGCGCCUGACAAUUUAGUCGCAUCGCCAAAGAAUAAAGAAACUUUCUCUGUUUUCCUCCAAGCCCUCGCCUCGUAGAGGUGACGAAAUAAAUAAUUCAGCUCGUUUAAAUCAAGAGGAAACGCGAGUGCGCGCAACCACGGCGGCGAUCUCGUCCAUCAAAUAUCUCAGUAGCUUGGAGUGAUUGGGAGAACACUCCCAGACCCUCCGCUGAGCGACAGUGCGGUUCUCUCUCCAAACACUGCCCAUCCGAGCGACGCGAUAAAGGGCUGCCCCUCUGCAACACGGUCGCUCUUUUUUAGUAUACAACAAAAUGAAUAAGCUUUAUAUUGGGAACGUGAGCGAGCAGGCGAGUGCGCUGGACUUGGAAAGUAUCUUUGAGCAGUGGAAGAUACCUUUCAGUGCACCCUUUCUCGUAAAAAGUGGCUACGCGUUUGUGGAUUGCCCCGACGAAAAGGUAGCGAUGAGGGCCAUUGACACUCUUUCAGGGAAAGUAGAACUCCACGGAAAAGUCUUAGAAGUGGAGCACUCUGUCCCUAAACGACAAAGGAGCUGCAAGCUGCAGAUCAGGAAUAUCCCUCCUCACAUGCAGUGGGAGGUUUUGGACGGGUUGUUAGCCCAGUACGGCACAGUGGAGAGCUGUGAACAAGUCAACACUGACACGGAGACUGCUGUAGUCAAUGUGCGAUAUGCCGCCAAGGACCAAGCCAGAGAAGCAUUGGACAAAUUAAAUGGCUUCCUUAUGGAGAACUACGCACUAAAGGUUUCCUAUAUCCCAGAUGAGACGGCUACAGCAGAUACACCUGCCGUGGGCGGCAGGAGAGGUUUCAACUCACGCGGACCGCCUCGUCAAGACUCCCCCAAUCUGGGCGCGAGACCUAAACUACAGUCAGAUGUGCCUCUACGCAUGUUGGUGCCCACCCAGUUUGUAGGAGCUAUUAUUGGCAAGGAAGGUGCUACCAUCCGCAACAUAACCAAGCAGACUCACUCAAAGAUUGAUAUCCAUCGUAAGGAGAAUGCAGGUGCUGCGGAGAAGCCCAUCACUGUUCACUCCACUCCAGAGGGAUGUAGUUCUGCCUGUCGAAACAUCAUGGAGAUCAUGCAGAAAGAGGCAAUUGACACUAAAAUCACUGAAGAAAUCCCUCUUAAGAUUCUGGCUCAUAAUAAUUUUGUCGGCCGUCUGAUUGGAAAGGAGGGGCGCAACUUGAAGAAAAUUGAACAAGAUACUGACACAAAGAUCACAAUCUCACCGCUGCAGGAUCUGACCUUGUAUAACCCAGAGCGCACCAUUACUGUUAAGGGUACAUUAGAUGCUUGCUCAAAAGCAGAAGAAGAAGUCAUGAAGAAAAUCCGUGAGUCCUACGAGAAUGACGUAGCCGCCAUGCAUCUACAAUCUAACCUGAUUCCAGGGCUCAAUCUUAACGCGUUGGGUAUUUUUCCCGGUGCAGCGGGUGGAGGGAUGUCACCCUCUGUGGUAUCAGGACCUCCGGCUGGGGCUCAAGCUGGCUAUCAAUCUUUUGGGUGCAGCAUGUUUGGGAGUGAGGUGCCAUUUUGGGCCUCUACGCCCUCCUCCAGCAGCAGUACAGCCUUUUCUCAGCCACAGAUGGAUUCAGAAACUGUGCACCUCUUCAUUCCUGCCCUGGCAGUUGGUGCUAUUAUCGGCAAGCAGGGCCAGCACAUUAAACAGCUCAGUCGCUUUGCUGGUGCGUCAAUCAAAAUUGCACCUGCUGAUGAAGUUGACGCCAAGCAAAGAAUGGUCAUUAUUACUGGACCACCGGAGGCACAGUUCAAAGCUCAGGGACGUAUUUUUGGGAAGUUAAAAGAGGAGAACUUUUUUGGACCGAAGGAGGAGGUUAAAUUAGAGGCUCACAUAAAAGUGCCAUCAUUCGCCGCUGGCAGAGUCAUUGGCAAAGGAGGCAAAACGGUGAAUGAACUACAGAACUUGACCAGUGCGGAGGUGGUUGUCCCGCGGGACCAGACGCCUGAUGAAAAUGACCAAGUAGUAGUAAAAAUCACAGGCCACUUCUAUGCAAGCCAGCUGGCUCAGCGGAAGAUCCAGGAGAUCAUCUCUCAGGUGAGGCGGCAGCAGCAGCCCAAGGCCUCGGCCACAGGUCCACCAGUCACCCGGAGGAAAUAGAGCCACCGCGUCUUCUCGGAGACUGACAGGACACGGGACACGUCCAUCUCAGGGGUCAGGGAAUGUCCUUACAACCCCAUUCGCUUUUACACCCAUUCCUCCUGAAGUUUCAUUGAGAUUGUGUACACCUUCCCUCCCCUCACAAUUUCUUUGAAUAUAGGAAAAUCAGCCACCCAGUCCCUGCCUUAAUACGAUAAAUGCACAGUCCUUAAUUGACAGACGUUAAACGUAGUUUUUGAUAUUUGAGUUCAUUGGGAAAUGCAGCAUUUGAGUGUAAAAGGCGUUUUGAGCCUGUUUUUUUGGGGUGCGGAAUGGGUGACACGGGGUGGGGUUUAAGGUCUUCGGCUUGAGAUGGAUAGAGGAUUGUUGAAGGAAGUAUGUUGUCCUGUGAUCCAUAGUGGCAUUUUAUAAAUUCUGAUGCAUUUUAUAGAUCUAUAUAUAUACAUAUGUAAAAUUAUGAAAGAAGGUGGAGCAACACUGCCACUUAUGACUGAGGGAAGUGUUGAUUGGUGUUGGCCAGGAAACCAAGUUAAUAUGCAUUUUACUGAUCUACCUCAGGCUAGAGUACCUCAGAAAAAAAGAAAAUGAUAUAUGAAAAAAAAUGUUCUGUUUUUUUUUAUUUUGCUUUGUGGUAUUUUGUAUACUUUAUAAAGCUAAUAGUUCUUGAACAUUUUUUAUUUUUUUAAGAAAAUGUAAAAUUUAGUCUGUAGUGAACGGAUGCAUCCCGAACUCCGCCUUGCUCCGUUUGCAGCGUGCGUGAAAUGAAUAACUGUAUAUAAGUUUGCGCACGUCUGGUGUGUAAAAGAGCGGAGUUUGGGCUUCUAUGUUGGCUACAGAUAGGAGAAAGAAAAGAAAAGCGCCUCAGUGUCGCUGAGGAGCCACCACCCUCUGAACACCGUCAAAGUAAUGAGAAAUAACGCCAUCCGUACAUACUGCAGAAAUGUCAUGCUAAUAUGCUAAUACCUGUUUUGGCAUUUCACCCGCAAUUCAUUACACUUCAGUAAGGGUUGGAUGCAAGCAAUAGAGGUCAGGGAUAAUCAAGGUCCUGCUGUAACCUCUUUGACACCCCCUCAUCCUCAACGCGACUAGUUGUCUAUCAUAAUAAAAAAAAGAACGACCAGCCCGAUUGAGGUUGUUUUUUUCUUUUUUUUCCCGUGCUCAUAUUUUUUCUCCCUCCCCCCUCCAAAUAAUGCGCUCCGUUUGGUUUUGGGACUGCUUUUUGCAUCAAACUGGGCUUUACGUGCCGAAGAUUUUCAGUGUUUAACGUCAGUCAAUGCAUGUCGGGUUUGGGAAGUUUCACUGUUCGGAUGCUUUUGCGUUGGUAGCUAUUAGGUUACAAUAGUCUGGGGCGCGUUUCUCUAGGCUAACGAGCUAUGACGUAGAGAUGAACGCGCAAACGGUUUCAUUUAUAUCUUUCGUUUAUCAUACAAAGUGAAAAAGCAAAAAAAUAUAUAAAAUGAACAUUAGCAAAGAAACUAAACGUUUAGUAAAUAAGUGAAAAAACAAUAUUCCUUUGUUUUCAUGCAGAAUGUAAAUAUGAUUUGAUUGUGGUAAAAGAGUGCAUCAAUGCUUCCACACUAGUUAGACCAUUGUCUACCUCAGCUGAGGAAAGGGUGUUUGGCGGGAAUCCUUCCAUCUCACCCGAGGCCUCCAGCGCGCGCAGCGAUACCUCGAGUCCCUCGCGAACACUUCCGCACUGGGUAUGCGCGUGGCGCCGAGCGCUGACCAGAGGGGCACAAGUGAUCGUAUUGUUUUUCUUUCCACACUUCUCUUACACCGUUUGUUGAUCUACCUCUUGUUAGAAAAGUAUUUAAAUUAGAGGCAUAUUGCUAUUUGUUAGAAUCUAUAGGGUCAUAUCCCAUUUGUCCCUUUCCUCACAGAAAAAAAUAUAUAAUUUAAAAAAAAAAAAUCAUGUAUGGCUAGGCUUUAAAGAUGACUAAGACAAUUUUCAUUUUUGCCUGCAAUUUAUCCUCUGCUAACUGAUUUGAAACCUCACCUAAUUGCUUUUUUCCCCCUCGUUUUUCUUUCCGCUGCUUGGUUUGGUGGUGUGGCUUCCUUGUAUUGGGCUUUAUUUCUUGCAUAGGUAUUGUAUUAAAGGUCAAAGUGUUUAAUUUGGAAACUGAUUAAUAAUGGCUACAGAAUUUUUUAAGGGCCUGCUUCAUUUCUUGCUUAUGAAAUAUGAACAAUGGAGUCUUUAUUUUUUACCUUUUUCAUGUCUUAUGGAUGCUACAGGUUUUUUCUUUUCUUUUUUUCUUUUUGUUUUUGACUGAUCUGAUCAAAUUUCAUUUCAUGGCUGUGUUGUGUGGUGAAUCAUGUUUCAGUGGGAAUGUGAUAUGGAAUUCCGGGAUCUGGAAUAGUUCCCGGAAAAAAAAAUGUGGUCCGAUUUCAGCAUAAGCAACAUCCCCUCCGACCGUGCUUGUGCGCCCUCACACACCUCCACUUAUCAAAUGCCUCUGAUACAAAGAAAAUAAAAGUCAAGUUGGCUCCUAGCAA